AUGUUGCUCAAGUCAGCUGCCCUCGUCUGCCUCCUCGCCGAGCUCGGUCUCGCGCGCCACCACCAGCACCCCAACAAGCGCCAGCAUCCCGCCCCCUCCCCCUCGACGGGAACUGGCGCCGCCGGCGCUGCUCCCGGCACUGGUGGCCCAACGGGAAUCUUCCUCAACACCUCGAUCCCCGUCGCCACCCCGCAGGUCUCGACCCUUACCGAGGUCGCCACCGUCACCUCCACCCUCGAGAACAACUCGACCGUCACCGAGGUCAUCACCACCGAGCGCACCGUCACCGCCUCCGCCCCCGCCGUCAUCCAGCAGCCCCAGAUCAUCAUCAUCUCCCAGGUUACCUUCUUCCAGUUCAUCUCCGCCCUCGGUGGCGCCCCGCCCGCCGUCCAGCAGGGCGACCAGGGCGGCUUCGUCGUUGGCGGCCAGCAGUUUGGCCAGUUCCAGUCCGCCUGCAGUGCCGCCUGCGGUAUGCAGUUCACCCAGUGCCAGAGCAUCGCCGGCCAGAACUUUGCCAUCUCCCAGUGCCAGACCCAACUCGUCAACUGCCAGAACGCAGCAAAGACCGCCACCGUCACCGUCUCCGUGCCCGUGACCGUCACCCAGACCGUCAUCCUCCCCAGUGGCCCCGUCUCUGGAGGAAGCAGCCUGCCCUCCGCUACGCUCGAGAACGGUGGCUCCGUCAUCGCGACUACCACUCUUCCUCCUGACUCUGGCGCCACCAUCGGAUCCGGAGGCGUCAGCUUCGUCACCGUUCCCGCUACCCCCGCUGCUCCUCCCUCCCAGACGCCCGCUGCCCCUGAGACCCAGGUCUUGACCACCACACUCCCGGCCAACCCCGACUCGCCCUCCGGCUCCCCCAUCGUCUCGGUGAUCACCAUCACCCGCCAGCCCGGAUCUGAGCCCUCUGCCACCGGCGGUGCCUCUGAGCAAGCCGGCUCAGUCGAGACCUCCGCAGUUGUGUCCACCCUUCCUCCCGUUUCUGAGGGCGGUGCCCCUGUCGUUUCCACCAUUUACAUCACCAAGACUGGCGGCGUUCCCGUUGCUUCCGGUACGGCUGUCAGCUCCGUCGAUGCCAUUGCAAGCGGCUCCGUCGAGACCUCCGCAGUCGUGUCCACUCUUCCUCCCAAGUCCGAGGGCGGCGCACCCAUCGUCUCGACAAUCUACAUCACCAGAACUGGUGGCGGCGACGUCCCCGCUGCUUCUGGCACAACGGUCAGCUCCGCCGAUGCCGUCGCCUCCUCCGCCGUGAUCACCACUCUCCCCGCCCAGUCUGAAGGAGGCCAGCCCAUCGUGUCCACAAUCUACGUCACCGCUCAGCCUCCCGCCCCCUCCAACGAGCCCGGCGCCUCCGGACAAGGCGGCGAAGUCGUCACCUCCGCCAUCGAGACCACCCUCCCUCCCCAGAGCGAAGGCGGCUCCGCCAUCAUCAGCACCGUCUACGUGACCGCAACCGUCUCAGGAGGUGUCCCCGUCGCCUCCGGCACGGCCGUCAGCUCCGUCGACGCAGUCGCCAGCUCAUCCGCCGUCGUGACGACCCUGCCCGCUCAAUCUGAGGGAGGCCAGCCCAUCGUCUCAACCAUCUACGUCACCGCGCAACCCCCUCAGCCCACCAACGGCGGCAACGGCAACGAGGGUGGCGCGGCCUCAGAGCAAGGCGGUGAAGUCGUCACCUCAGCCGUCGAGACCACCCUCCCUCCCCAGAGCGCCGGCGGCUCAGCGAUCAUCAGCACAGUCUACGUGACCGCCACAAUCCCCGCGGCCUCCGCCUCCGCCUCCGGUGCCGCCUCCGCUUCAGCAUCCAUCUCCCGCCCAGCUGAGCCCCCCAGACCCAACGAGCCCAAGACCUCCGUCAUCACAAUGACCCUCGCCCCUCCCUCCGGCUCCCCCGUCAUCUCCCUCGUCACAGUCACAAUUCAGCCCACCGCAGGCCCCUCCGGCUCCGGCUCUCCCCCAGCCCAGACCGAGGUUGUCACCUCCGCCCUGACAUCCACCAUCCCCGCCGAGGGUACAACCCCGCCCCGCGUAACAACAGUCUACGUGACCGCCCAACCCCCCGCCCCAACCUCCGCCCCCGCCCCUCCCCGUGUCGUCACAGUCACAGUCGGCUCCCUCACUGGCGUGGUCACAAUCAGCGACGCAGCGAGCUCCGCCUCCGGCACGACCAUCGCCUCGGCUCUUCCCAGCGCCGGAGCAGGCGGCAACGGUAACACUGGCGGCAACGGAGGCAGCGGCGGCAACGGCGGGUCCAACAACGGCGGCAGCGUCGGCGACGAGAGUGGCGGAAGCUGCCCCUCGGCCUCGCCCGUCACCGUGACCGUCAGCGCGUGCCCCACCGCCCCCGUCACCUCCGUUCUGACCCAGACCGUCUCGGUUGUGCCCACAUCCACCCCGGCUGCCGUCAAGCGCGCCGAGGAGGGCAAGCGCGAGGCCGUCUACCACCCCCGCCGCCACGGCCACGCCUUUGGCUUCUGGUAA